GGGGCUUCCUAUAUCAACAAACAUUACUUCAGCGACGCCAACGGUAACCGGGGCGGAGCGCCCAACGUGGCUGUGGUUCUGGUAGACGGCUGGCCCACCGACAAGGUAGAGGAGGCAUCACGCCAGGCCAGAGAGUCUGGUAUCAACAUCUUCUUUGUGACCAUCGAGGGACCCGACGAGAACGAGAAGCAGAAUGUGGUGGAYCCGAAUUUUGUGGACAAGGCGGUGUGUCGAACCAACGGUUUCUACUCCCUACCCGUGUCSAGCUGGUUCGCCCUGCGGAAGGCAGUCCAACCCCUUGUCAAGCGAGUGUGUGACACCGACCGUCUCGUCUGCAGRAAGACCUGCCUUAACGCUAACGACAUCGCCUUCGUCAUCGACGGAUCCAGCUCUGUGGGCACCGGGAACUUCCGGACCGUCCUGCAGUUCGUCGCUAACAUCACGCGGGAGUUUGAGAUAUCGGACACGGACACACGAGUCGGCGCAGUGCAGUAUACGUACGAACAACGGCUGGAGUUUGCCUUCGGGCAACACAACAACAAGGCUGAUCUGCUUAAUGCCAUAAAGAGGAUUAAUUACUGGAGCGGCGGGACCAGUACUGGAGCGGCUAUCACCUACGCAGCAGAGCAGCUGUUCAGCAAGUCCAAACCCAACAAACGCAAGAUCAUGAUCGUUAUCACCGACGGGAGGAGCUACGAUGAUGUCAGAGCUCCAGCAUUGGCCGUCCAUCGCCAAGGUGUGAUAGCGUACUCCAUCGGUACUAGCUGGGCAGCGCAGGACGAGCUGGAGUACAUCGCCACCGACCCCGACAAGGAGCACUCCUACUUCGUAGAUGAGUUUGACAGCCUCUACAAGUUCGUCCCCAAGGUGGUCAAUAACAUCUGUCAGGAGUUCAACUCACAGCCACGCAACUGAGCUGAYCAAYGAGGGCARCUUAUUCCCUAUAUAGUGCACUACUUUUUGAACAYGGCCCCUAGGGCCAUAGGCCCACCUUGCUUACGUACACCUAUACUUAUAAAUCUGUGCUUACAUAUCAAGGAAACAAGGAAGGAAGGAUACAUUUGUAAAGUUUUGAAACAGGGGCUGCCGAUGGAGUAGGGAGGGGGUUAGAUAUUUUAUUAGGAUCRCCAUAAGCUAAUUAGUAGGUCCAUAUAGUCCUGCACUAUCAUGGAGACAGGACAGGGUCUCUAKAAAAUGUAUUACCGGUAAGUUACCAAAUGAAAAACUGUUGUAAAAGUUGGUGCUGAAUUGGKAAUAGUUUAAUUCCCAAGGGAGGUUAUUGGUUUGAAGCAGAAGGCAGUGGGUAUACGAACCUGAAU